GGCAACUCAAAUGAUACAUUUCAAGCCAAGUAGCCGGUUUUGUUUUUUGUGUCACACUUUUGCCACAUUAUUGAGCUCUUCCACUUUACAACACACGUUCAAUCGGAGGGUUAAUCUUAUGUUUUAGGACAAACGAGUGAAAUAUCUCGAGGUUGCGCUUGCACCAUGAGCAACAUUGCUGUUUCAAGAAAAACCCCAGCCAACAGAAAAGGAAAUAAGGAGAAUGCUCAGCCUGGUGAUGGAGUCAAGUCUUUCAUCAGAAGAGAUUUUUCAAAAUCAACAUCAGCUGUCUCUGUCCAAUGUAAAAGCAAUAGGAAACAGGAGAUCCUGGUUAGAAAUGGUGUCAGUAAAAUCACCUCCAAAAUACAAGACACGAAGUCGACAUCUGGUGAGGUUCUGAAAGGCAAGUCCACACACAAAGAUGGGAAUGGUGGUGCUGUCUGUGAGGUCGAACAACCUGCACGGAACCGGGCCAUUCUUGCUGAGCAGAUAGUGAAAAAUGAAAAAGUAGUUACAGAUACCACAAGGGCACCGGUUGCAGUGGCUUCAUCUAAAUUUGCCCCCGGCCUCUACAAAGGUAAAAUUGUGGAGUCAAAAAUUGGAUCACUUUGGAAGUCAAGUGCGACAGCUCGAGGGGCGGGGUCAAAACCAGCACCACCCAAAACGGAGAGCCAAAAGGUUGUGAAUUUGACAAAAAGCAGGUCAAAGUCUGUUGCUGAUGUCCCUGGACGCAACCUCCAAAAAUCUGCCCCAACGACGUCUAAAUCGCUGUUGGAUGGACGCGCGCAAGCAUCCAAACCUGGACCUAGUGGCCGUCUUCCAGGGCCUCGCUCUGCCCGCCCUCCGACCUCCUCUACUGUCCCGGCAACAUUAAGACCCACCAGCUCCAGAAACACAACAGCGGCACCCACCAAGCCAAAGGUUGCCAUAACUGAUAAGAAGGUCAAGAAGCCUCCUGUCACAAGCACCCUCAGCCAGUACAGAUGUACGGAAACGACAGAGGAAAGAAGGGCAAAAUUAGCUGUGUGGCUGGCUUCCAAGGGCAAGACUCUAAAGAGACCGGCUAUGACAAGCACACGCACAGAAACAAAAAUAUCUGCAUCUGUAAAUCCUAAAGCCAGUAUGAAAUCCCAGGCUCAUGUUAAGGGACAGCAGGAUGAUGCAAAGACAGAACCAGAGCCCAGUCUGGGCCAACCAAAACCGGAGCACGCUGCCCAGGAAGCUCCUGAAACUGUGGAGAUGCAGCCUCCAGUGAAAAUGAACACAAGUUUCGGCCUAGAAAAUUUUGAUUUGGAUUUGCCUGCUGCGCAGGAUGGAUUUGAUGAUGUUGUUCUGAACCUGUGUGAUGUUCUGGAAGCCAUGCAGACGCCUUCAAAAUAUCAGGAUGAACUACCACAGAGCACAGACAUGUGCAACAUUGCUGAAGAGGAGGAAGGAGCUACGGAGGAUGGAUGUGUCAAGGACGUGUCUAAGAAUGUAGAUGCCAAGGAGAUGUUGACAGAUGAGAGUAAAAAGAAAGUUCUGAUGGAUGAAGAAGUUCAAUGUGAUGAUUCUGACAUGGACAGCGUACCACAGAUGGGUCAUGCCUACGUUGUAAAAUACAGUAUCAAAACAACACCAUAUUUGCAAAGCGUGAAGAAAACAAUCGAAGGCGAGGUCCAGACAAGCACCUCGAGGCGGAAAAGCAACAUCAAAGAUCUGAAGUUUCUGACGCCCGUGCGCCGCUCCCGUCGCAUCGAGCGCAAAUCUUCAUAUCUGCCGUCGUCCGUGCUCGAUCAUGACCCGUGUGUGUCAUCGCUGGCCGAGCUGGUAAAACUGGAUGACAGUCUCAAUGCUUAUGUCUACAGAAAAAAUUCUGCUCUUACGGAUGACCUGCCAGACCAGGUCAAACUGUAAUGAUGCACAUGGUAUGUCUGUACUGAAUACACUAUAUUACAUUGUUGGUUUAAAAAAAAGUGUAUAUAUUUUCGGACUGAAACUAAACAAUGUGACCAUAUUUUUGUCUACUAAUUUUAAUAUAUCCAGUGAUCUUAUUAUUUUUUGGUUUUGAUGAAAUUUUAACAUUUGCCUUUCCACUUUUAAGUUCUGAAUGUACUGACUUUUACUUAUAUUUUCACAACUAUAGUAGCUCACUACAAUAAAGGCAACUUUGUCUGACCUUUUAACAAAA